GCGGCAGUUGGAGGACGAGCAGCACCAGCAGCAGUAAUCCACUUUCCACGGCGCUUCACAUUUCUCUGUUCCGUCUACAUCCCGCAGACAUGGACCUGGAGGUGCUCAUGCACCCGGCACUCUCGCUUCCCAUCCUCCCCGUGUUUGCGCUCUAGCUGUGCGCUCCCGCUGCUGACCACAAGGAGACUGUUAUUAUUUUUUCCGUGUAGCAGAGAGGGGACCGACGAUAGAGCCGCAACCAGGGACUCAAACCAUCGUGACAGCAAAGGCCGUUUCAGGAUAUCAGGCGACUGAGAGCGGCUCGCUGUGUCCUCCAUCAUGGCGACUGACUCUCCAGCUCGGAGCCUGGACGAAAUCGACCUGUCCGCUUUGAGGGAUCCUGCUGGCAUCUUUGAGCUGGUUGAGCUGGUGGGAAAUGGCACCUAUGGGCAGGUGUACAAGGGUCGCCAUGUUAAGACAGGGCAGCUCGCAGCCAUCAAGGUCAUGGAUGUCACCGGGGACGAGGAAGAGGAGAUCAAAGCGGAAAUUAACAUGCUGAAGAAGUACAGCCACCAUCGGAACAUCGCCACCUACUAUGGAGCCUUCGUGAAGAAAAACCCCCCUGGCGUAGAUGACCAGCUCUGGCUGGUCAUGGAGUUCUGUGGCGCCGGCUCAGUGACGGACCUGAUCAAGAACACCAAGGGAAACUCUCUGAAAGAGGAAUGGACCGCCUACAUCUGCCGGGAGAUCCUCAGGGAGUAUAUCCGUAGACAGCUGGAAGAGGAACAGAGGCAGUUAGAGAUUCUCCAGCAGCAGCUACUACAGGAACAGGCAUUACUGAUGGAGUACAAGCGUAAGCAGGUGGAGGAGCAGCGCCAGGCGGAGCGGCUCCAGCGGCAGCUCCAGCAGGAGAGAGCCUACCUGGUGUCUCUGCAGCAGCAGCAACAGCAGGAGGGACGGCAGGCCGAGAAGAAGCCGCUUUACCACUACAAAGACAUCAGCAACCCCACCGACAAGCCUGCCUGGGCUAAGGAGGUCCUGAAGCAGCAGCAUGUUCAGGAUCACCUACCCCACUCCCAACUACGACAGCACCAGUCAUUCAACCAACCGGCUUCAUCCCCUGACUCUUGGCACCAAAACAGAGCUCAGGCCCCUAGACGAACCCCGUCCCAUGGUGCCCCGCCCCUCUCCUCCCACCAUGGAGAACCCCUAGAUCCGGGGCUCAAGCAAGAGAUAAGUCAGCAGGUCAGAGAGUUUAGGGCUCAAAAGCUCAGGGGCCGCAGCCCGGGGCGCAGCCGGGAGCAGAGCCAGGGUCCUGGCCAAGGGCCCAGUAAGGGACCUGGUAAGAAUCAAAGAGAGCUUUCCAGUCACGGGCCAGUCAGCCAGUCUAACCAAGCGCUCAACCCUUAUUCUCUGGCGCCUAACAAUCAGAAUGAGAGGCCCAGAGACAGGCCUCUCUCUGCCCCCAAUCAUGCAGACAUCCAGGGGCUAACGCCAGACCCUAGGAUCCCUCAUCCUCAGUCCCCACCACACGUCCAGAGUCCCCAAUCUGGAUCUAUGUCUGCUCUCAAAGUGGUUAGUAGACAUCCGCGCAGCAAGUCACACUCGCCUUGCUGUAGAAUAGAUGUAGAAAUAGAAUCAGAGUCUCAGGGAAGUCGGCUAAAAGAGAGUAGGCUAGCUCGCAGCCACACGAACCUCCUAUUCCCCCCGGACUGGGAGGUCUCACAUGGCCAAACUGACCGCCUCUCUUGCUCCUUCCCUGACAACGCUCUCCAAUCCGCCGUACAAAGGUGCAGGAAUUCCUACUCACCUGCCUCCAACAGUCUUCUUCAAGUCCCUGGUGACAAUCACUUACUUCCCCCUCCUUUGUAUAGUGACAGCGAGGGAGGGAAUAGGUGGCAGGGAGUAAGGCCUUGCUCCUCCAUGUCUGACCUUAACGCUUCCGCCCCAGCAGACGUAAUGAGACAGAACUUUUCUGAGAUCAGACAUAUGGGUUUUCGCUCCGUUGAAGAGCUAACCUCUCCCACCGUUCCCGAUUUUUGGCCGGGCCCCUCACCUCGCACCUCUCCACAAAUCUCCCCCUCUUCCUCAGGCUCGUGGUCCACCGGUACCUUUUCCCCUCAAUUCUCCUGUGACACGCUUGUGUUCAACAAUCCCCACACACCUUCUCCAACCUACAAUGACCUCCUCAUGCCCAACCAGGCCUUCCAUAUCUCCCUCUCAGCAACGUCUACCCCUCGCUGCUCCCCCUCAGGGAAAAAGAACAAGUUGCGUGUCUACUACCUGUCCUGGCUGAGGAACAGAAUACUACACAACGACCCUGAAGUAGAAAAGAAGCAGGGCUGGAUUACAGUGGGGGAACUGGAGGGCUGUGUGCAUUAUAAAGUUGUCAAAUACGAGAGGAUUAAGUUCCUGGUGAUUGCUCAGAAGAACGCUGUGGAAAUCUAUGCCUGGGCUCCUAAACCCUACCACAAGUUCAUGGCCUUUAAGUCAUUCACUGAACUGCAGCACCGUCCCCAGCUGGUCGACCUGACGGUGGAGGAAGGUCAGAGGUUGAAGGUCAUCUAUGGUUCCAGUGUGGGCUUCCAUGUCAUCGACGUGGACUCGGGCAACCCUUACGACAUCUACAUCCCCUCACAUAUCCAGAGCCAGGUGACGCCCCAUUCCAUCGUGGUGCUCCCAAAGACCGAUGGGAUGGAGAUGCUGCUGUGUUACGAGGACGAAGGCGUCUACGUCAACACCUACGGGCGAAUCACCAAGGACGUGGUGCUACAGUGGGGAGAGAUGCCUACCUCUGUUGCCUAUAUCCACUCUAAUCAGAUUAUGGGCUGGGGGGAGAAAGCCAUAGAGAUCCGCUCUGUGGAGACAGGUCAUCUGGACGGAGUCUUUAUGCACAAGAGAGCCCAGAGACUCAAAUUCCUGUGUGAGCGGAACGACAAGGUAUUCUUCGCAUCGGUGCGUUCGGGAGGUAGCAGCCAAGUCUUCUUCAUGACCCUCAACAGAAACACCAUGAUGAAUUGGUGAUGCCCCCCCCCCAAUCCACUCUGCCUCACUCUCCCAUUGGCCUGCCCGGCGACUACCAGUUGUCCCACGGCACAUCUCACAACAACAAAAAAAACAGACUGACCGAGAGAGGCCACAGUGAACUCUUUUAACACUGAAGUGACUCGAACCGCUUAGAGAAAAAAAAAGUAAUCGUAGAGAAAAAACCACAGAGACAUGUUCUAAAUGAAGAGACAUGUUACCCUAGAUUAUUUUGGGUUAUGCAGAAGCCAUCGUUACUCAACUGACUGGCAAACUGGUGCCACUGACUCUCCAAAUACCCUCUGUCUGUGUCUGUAACUCUUCCAUUUGUGUCUUUUCUCCAAACAAACCUCUUCAUUACAGCAGCUGGAGAAAUACACUUUACACCAUCCGUGUCUCCUCCCUUCGUCCCUAAUACUUUAGACUCCUCCCACCAUCGAUUUAAUCCUCACUUUUUGAGUCCUUUUGACACCCGUGUCCUCCAUUUUCCACACUUCCUAUCUGCCAUGUGUGGGCUCAUUCCUGGAGAUCUUACACCUCAGAGGUCGGGGGAAUAGACGAAUUGGAUUCAAUAUAAAUUCAAAUAUAGUGAAUAUGACAGUUUGUGCAGUGAGGGCAGCUGAGAGAUGACAAAAUCGACUCUGGAUGUUAGCGGUGAAAAGCAGACAGCAUGAUUGAUUUUCUUAGUCCUUUGUCACUCCCCUCCGCCUCCUCUUCUUCCUCCUCUCGCCGUCUUUUCAGGCCUUGAGUAAAUUUGUAAUUUAGUGUUCGAUCGCAUCUCGCUGAUAGAGAUGCGGUGAGACAAUCUGCUGUCAUAGGCGGGUGGUCACAGUAUGCAAAGAUGAUGUCCGUGUCCCUUUAAAAAGAAAUCACCGGUCCAUCCUGUUCCCCCCCCAUCCCUCCAUCCCCCUAGUUUCACAAUGUUGUUAAACUCUGAAGGUGCUGCAUCAAAAAUACUGUAAUAUUAAAUGAACAAUGAUAGCGUCAUUCUGUUCAUUCUUUUUAUUUCAGUUCUUUUUCUUUUUCUGUGGCUAAGUCAGUCGGUUUUUGAAGAUCAAAUGUAUAGCACAUCCGUGUUUCUGAAAUCAGGAGUGUAUGUUGGUGUGUGUGUGUGCAUAAAUGUAUGUGUGUGUUUGACUUUGAUGUCGAAACGAGUCCCAUUAAAAAUCAAGGUUGGAUAUUGACAUCAAUGGCCAGAAAAAGAUUCAUAAAUUCAGUCUCUGUACGUGAACUUUUACCUGAAGGCGAUCAAAGCAACAUUGAGUGUGUUUACAAGCAGAGUUAUGAUAUUAUGUUAGUAUGACGUUCAUGAGGGAGUGUCUGAGCACCAAGCAUUUAAAGAUAGGCACUAUUAGUGAGUGUUUUUCUGUUUCCUUUAACACAGUAGUGUUUUGGCUACUCACAAACACAGCCAUGCUGCUGUAGGGAAUAUGAAGAUCCUAAAUACAACCUCAUCAGGAUAUGAGCAACAAUCCCCAGUACUGUGUGCAUGUGAACGAUCUAAUUGUUGAAAGCUGUGGUGUCCUUUUGAAUCAUGCUCUUCCCUGAUUGGUUCUUCUGAUUUUGGCUCCUACCUGUUUGUACAGUGCCUAGCAUGAUGUAAGCAAAACAAAAAAUGGAGGCCAAAAGAUUAUCGCUUGAGUUAUAAUUAAUAAUUGUAUUGCCUUUACAGUUCAUUUACACUGGGUUCUUGUGUGUUAUUGGCUAACCUUAACACGUUACUGAUGGUAUGUGUCUCUUCUGAAGGAGAUGUUAACACAUUUAAGACUUAAUUUAUUCUUUGAAAGGAGUAACUACACAUGGUACGAUAAGAACAUGUCAUUUCUGAAUGCUAAGUGUAGCUCAAUCAUUUAUGCAUACUGUAUUAGAUGUAUAACACCAUUGAGGGCCGACUCUAUAGAGGUAUCCCUCUAUAUUGGAGAAAAGUACCUGCUUACUCCUUAAAAAACGUAAAGUGACACGAAAAACUACUCAUUCCCCAAUGAUGACCAUUUAAACAAGUUAUUUUCUGUUAACAAUUUUUAAAUGAAGCUAUAUUUUCAAAGACGUUUACAUAUCCACACGGUAGCUGUUCCUGUGCAGCUGCAAGUUAGGUUCACCAAACUGUGUUAUGGGUAGCAGGCUAACAUGUUAGCAAUAAAGAGCCGAGCUGAACAAAACCAUGUCUUCCCUGUGUGUGUGUGCACGCAUGCAUCUGUGUGUAUGAUUAAAAAGCAAGCGUGAAUGGGGCAUAUUAUCUGUGUUUGUCCAUCACAGAAUUCACUCUUCCCAUUGGAAAAGGCUGACUGUCAGUACACUGAGGACUCUCCUUUCAAAGAUGAAACCACUGUAUUCUUUGUUUUGUUUAUUUCUUGUUUUCUUUGUUUUGAAAGAGCAUUACUAAUGUCCUGUUUUGGGAUUUAUUUGUUUUGUAAAAGAGAUGCUGUAUGAGAGAAAUAAAUUAAACUAGAGCA